GAAUCCGUGUUGCUAAAUAUAAUACGCGGAGGCACGCGAUUCUCUUACGGCCGGGGGUUGCAGGAUGAUCAUCAACAUCCCAAAGCCCAAACAUUAUUCUCGAUAGUGAUCUUGUUGUUUCGUUGGUAGGUUUCUCGCAACGAAAAUUGUAGCAUAAAAAGUGAACGAACAGUUGUGACAUAUCAAACCAAUUGAGAUAUAGCCAGUUUCAAAGGAAAUCUUUCCUUAGUUCAGUGAUUCUUCAGAGGUGAAGGUUUCUCGAAGACGAUUUUAUAUGUGUUUUAGAUUUACAUAGAUUUACAUAGAUUUACAUACUACUGAUGUCUUUGUCACGUGGUAACCGGCCAAAUUACAGAGAUGAAUAUCCAGAAGCCUGAGGGUCUUUUGUCAGUGGUUUUACCAACUGAACUUGCGUCUUCGCCGAGUUCGCGACAACUCAUUAUAAAUCAAGACCAACAGGAUGAAGAGGCAUCAGACUGUCCACUUUUAACUCCUAGUCCACCGGCGACGCAAACGAACAAUGGCUUGGAAUCUAGCGCGAUAUUCGUUUCCCUGGAGGGAAAUCCCGUGGAAUCGAUUUCGCCGCCAACGCUGGAAAACAUUAAUAAAGAGGACGGACUUAACGAGUUCAUGAACAUAGUGAACAGCUCGAGCAGAACGCUGAACGAUGAGCCUAGUUCACGAGAUCCAAUGGUGGAAUCGACGACCAGCGGAAGUAGCAGUGACACGAAUGGGCCAGUUUGUGCACAGCUGUUGACACAGUUGAACACAGCCUAUCAGCAUCUUGCACCUGAUGCUCAAGCACUGUUUUACAAUCAGGAGAACGGCGGAAAGCCACCAUUGGUCGGGAUUCAGCUGGUGGUACCAAAACCGUCGAAAGAUUACCGUUUUAUGAAAUGGAACUGGCCACUUAUAAGGAAGACUUGUUUUUGGUCUCUGAUGUCGGUGCUCGCUGGAUGCGCAGCACUGGUGAUCGGUGUGAUCUCCACAAUGCCUAGAAAGUGUGAUCCUCCCGUUCAAUGGUGGCAAGGAAGUGUUUUCUACGAAAUAUUCCCAGCAUCUUUUCAAGAUUGGUCGAAAGGCGACGGCAUCGGUGAUCUUCGAGGCAUAACGAUGCGUUUGGACUACUUAAAACAGUUAGGCGUGCGCGGGAUUCGCCUAAAUUCUAUUUUCCCAGCAGCACAUUAUCCUGAGUACUAUUCGAACAUCGAUAACUUGACAGAUAUCAACAAAGAUUUAGGAACGUUAGAUGAUUUUGCUACGCUUGUGCGAGAGAUUCAUCGUCGAAACAUGAGUCUGAUUCUAGAUCUACCUUUGUACCCCUUCAUAAAAACUAUAUAUAAUGAAACUGUGUCUUCCGAAAAACCGAAUAAAACAGACAAAGCUGUGCGCGAGAGAAGAGACGUUACAGAUAGCGUAAUUCUACAGGAGGUUGUGUCAACAACACCUCCUGCGUCGUUACAAGCGAUUCAAAAAGUGUUGUCUUCGAUACCACCUCCUCUGGAUGGCGUACAGCACGAAGCACUUACAUCGAAUGAUGCUGAUAACAUAUCAGAGAAUUCCGUCACAACGGCCAUUAAAAUUUGGUUAGAAAGGGGAGUCGACGGCUUCUAUUUAAAAGGACUAGAAUAUUAUGUUGGUGAAGAGUCCUUUGCUAGCAGCUUGAAGCAUUGGAAGUCUAUUUUAGGGUCUCAAAGAAUAUUUAUUUGUCAUAUGGAUGCCUUGAACGCUGCCAGAACGGUUACGGCGAAAAACUCCAUCCUAAUGAAAGUGGAUCUCGUAGAUAUUACGUUGCGCGUCACGAAUGGCACAAAGGAUAUUAAAAAACAAAUAGAGGACGUCACGAAUGGUUUAUUGUUCGAAAAACCGGGUUAUCCUUGGGUUCAUUGGUCCAUAGGCGGGGUGGAGUUUAAAAGGGUAGCAUCUACCAUUAGUGUGAAAAAUGCCACCCUAGCCACCACUUUGUUAGGAAUGAUGCUUCCAGGAACGCCGAGUAUAUUCUAUGGAGACGAGAUAGGUAUUUUGGAUUGCGAAUGUGAGGAUCAUAAAGAUCUUGCUCACGUGCACAAUUUGGCUCCUAUGUAUUGGGAGGAAGUCGGCGGUUCCGAGAUUAAAUUUGCAUCUAUUGGUGUUACACCUUGGCUUCCAGAAGCUGUGAAACCGUUACAAACAAGUUUAUUUGGAACCAUUGCUGAGAUGGCUUCUUUAAGAUCAGAAACAACACCAAUUUAUGUUAAAGCGGUGUUGAAAGAGAAUCAGGUGCUUGCGAACUGUGAUAUUAGGUAUGCAGAGGAUGAAAUGAUUGUAAUAGAACGAUGGUAUCCACGACGGAAUACUUAUGUCUUUUUAGCGAAUUUAGGUAACAAGAUGCAAACGAAAGAUUUAUCUUUCCUUUAUUACGGUGGCCAUGUUGUAGUCGGUCCAUCAUACAGAUUAAACAAAGACGUGUAUUUUAAACAACUCAUUAUACCUCCGGGUGAGGCUUUUAUUAUAAAACUUGACAAAUGAAGAUCUGCCAUGAUAUUAAAGAUCUAUGCAACAUUCAUUUUAUAUGUACGAUAAAAAUUUUCGCGUCUUUGAUUGAUAUGUUCUGCGUGAAUUUGUGAUAUUUUAUUUGAAGAAUAUCGAUGACGUUGCGAACGUUGUACAACGAAUGUUUAGAUACAAAAGUUCCUAUUAAUCGUAAAUCAGUUAGGAACGACUAUAAAUGUCCAACAUAAGAAAAACGACGCAAUGAGAAAUAAAUUGUAUACAUGCGGCGUGAAAAGAAAAAAGAGAAGGAAGGUUUGUGCUGUCUCAACGAUUUUAUGUACACGGGUAAAAUGUGCUUAGACACAAAAUCAAAAGCUCAUAAAAAAAAUCAAAUUCUGUAUUAUUAACUUAGUCUCGUUGGUAAUAAUGAAAAAGCACAACGAACGAUCACGCAUUUCACAUUCCAAAAAAAGACAGAUCAUUUCACGUUUGCCUGUGUUCAUUUUAAUGAUCAAAAUCUAGGAUGA